AUGCAUUACUUUAAUGUUACCAACACUGCCAAGUUCCUGUCUUGCACUUCGACUGCAUUGACCCCAAUCCUGACUCCUGUCACCAAGACUACCCUGUCGCCUGUGACCCAAACCCGCUACACGACCGUCUAUGAGACUGUCAUGCCGGCAGCUUGCGAGACAGGUCAGUGGAUGGCCACUUACACUGUCACCGAGACUUGCACUGGCAAGCCUAGCGACUAUGUUCCCUCAGUUAUCCCUCCUGGAUUUGUCGUAACAACUGUGUCUUGCCCCGUCUGCCAGCCUGCUACGGCCAUCGAGAUCACUUGCCCGGGUGUUCAGCCCACCGGGUAUCCCACCGUCGGCAUUACUGGCAACGGUGUUACUGCUACCAUCACCGCUACGCCGGCUGGUUACCCUAUGGGCAACCCGGGUGCUUACCCUACCAAAUUCCAGUCCCAUGUGCUGGCCCCGGCUGCCCAGACUCAAAGCCAAUGCCAUGCUCUGGACCCGAGUGUCCUCACCCAGGCUCAGAAUAUACUCCUGGCGGCAACCCCGGCUCUACUCCAUGCCACGGUCCCGAAUGCCCAAGCACUGGUUCCGGCCCCGUUCCUUGCUCUGGCCCUGGAUGCCCCGCUCCAGCCGGCCCAGGCUCCAUGCCAUGCUCUGGCCCCGGCCCGUGCCCCAUCCCUGGUCCCAAGCCAGUCCCCGUUCCUUGCACCGGCCCCGGGUGCCCUAGCUCCAACCCUAAGCCUAUCAUCCCAUGCGCCGGACCCAGUUGCCCCGGCUCAGGUAACAAUGGCACCACUAGCACUCCUCCUUAUAUCGUCUCCGGCGCAUCGUCACCCAAGAACGCUUUCGCCGUCGUCAUAG